AUGCCUGUGGCAGAUGAUCUCAAAAGCGGUGUGAACAAAGACCUCUAUGCUGACUUGCAGGGCAGCCUGCAGCGGAUCACGGAUCACCCGCUGUUCAACGGCGUUCAAGUGCUGGAAGCCUUGGACAUCUCUGCUGACAGCAGUGCAUCAGUGGAGCCCUUUUCCGAGGACACAUGGCGUCGGGUGAAGGCUGGCGCAAUCGCGAAAGGCUUCAAGCCCACGUACACAGCAGGCGGCAACAUCUUCUGGAUUGACCCCUACAUGUCCUUGGUGCCAGGCAUUCCGGUGAACAGGAAAUCCAUCCUGAAGCUUCAAAGCUCGUCCUUCAAGACUCCUCAGUUGGCUUUUGAGAAACGAAGAGCGGUGCAUGUGGGCAUCCUGGAGGGUGAGGAGGUGCUUAACAUGCGUGGUAAACUGCGGCUUCUCAGCCCUGAUGAGGAGCUCUAUGCUUUCAUCUUCCAGCUAGACAAUGUCUUGGCCUCGGAGCCUGGUGAGGCUGAGCUGGAAAAGUGGCUUGCUCUUGCGAAGUCAUGGACGAUGACAGUGGAGCUGGUGCCGUCAUUGACUGAGAUGUACUGGCGAUGCAUCAACUUGAGAGAGGACAUAGGGACGUCCUUUGACGUGUUUUAUCGGUCCUGCAUCCAGCGAGCGUACGAGGUGAUCCAAUUCAAGCUGGACUACGAGCGUCGCAACCCCAACGAUGUCUUGAGUGCAGCGGGAGUGUACCAGAAGUGGGUUGCGAACGUGCAAUUCUCGACAAUGGCAACCGGAGAGAGGGCUUUCCGGCAAUCGUUCGUCGACUCUUGCCUCACAGUCUACAACAGGAUUCUGUGCAUUGAAGAGCUGCAGAAGAUCAUCUUGCAAGGCGAGGAGAAGAACGGCAAAGAUAAUGUCUGGUCGAGCAUUUAUCAACUUGAGGAAGUUUGCAAGAAAUGCGGUCAAGGUCCAGGGUCGAAGGAAAAGCUGAUUUGGUGCAUUUCUGGGAUUCAGGACCAAACCGAGAACGACAUGCUGCAAAUCUCCAGCUGUACCACGCGGAAUCUGAAAGGCCAAGGCCUCCCAUCGAACAAGGGCACGGUGGACCUCUUCAUUUUCAAGCUGGGGUUCAAGAACUUGGCUGUGUCAACAUGGCUUGAGGAUGCAGGCUCAGCUGUGCCCCCAGAGGAGAGGCAGACUCUAAGAAAGGCCUUUGACAGCUUUGCUGACUAUCGGCAACACUUCGGCUGCCAUGACGAGCGUGAUACCGUUGAUCUUUCCUGGCUUGCACGGUUCUCGCCUACUACACGGGAGUACAUCACCUUCGUUGAGGAGUGUGUCUUCGCGAAGAAGCACGACCGAAAGUUGAAGUGUGCACUGUCUGCUGGCGCGAAGCCAGUAGAUCUGCCAGACCGUGAAGAGUUCUCCGUGGACUUCAAAGCAUUCAAGGCCGGCUGGCAAAAGGAGCGUGGGGACGCCCCUGAGCCGAAGCAUGAGCUUUCGGAGGCAUUGACGGGGACGGAGGAGAGUAUCCAGGUGGGCCAGAUCAUUCAAGCUUCCAUGAUGGGGGGCCGGCUGAAUGCUUGGCAGACUAAGGACCUGGCCAAAGCCCAGCACGACCAGGCCCUGCUUGCCAAGCAUCUGAAGAGCUUGAGCGAAGACGAGAUUGGAUUGAUCAAGGACUUGGAGACCAAGGCCUCACGUAUAGUGAGGGCUGCGGUGAAGAUCAUCGUGGAGCCUGAGCGCCAAGCUGUUCUGCAGGAGGAGCUGAAGUCGUCCCCCAUUGGGUCCCGGGUGGCCUCCAAAGACUUCCUGACUCUGGUCCUGUACGAUCAGAAGACAGCGGGUGAGAGCAUCACAUGCCCGCAUCUCAGAGUGCCGCCGCUGAAGGUGGAGAGGGUCAAAACCGCAAUCCAGGCCACGUGCAACUUUCUCAGCUCUGGUGCUGAGCUGCCUUUCAACGCGAUGUUCGCCAUCACGGAUGCCGGCAAGACCGGCAACGAACGAGCAAUUCUCAAUUGCUUCGUCAAUGAGGCUGGUGCAUCGAUGGCAAAACACCAUAAAAGCCUCUAUGUUGCCUACAAAGAAAGCGAUUUGGCAGCUCGCUUGGAGAAGUUCAAGUCAACGGCUCAGCUGAAUCAGCUGGAAACAGUGCACAUCGUCACGUCUUCUGCGGCCUCGAAGCAGAAGAGACGCCCUCGCCGAGCUGGGCACCUGAAGGGUGAGACCAGCUCAGGCAACAUCCUCACUGGGGUACCGUUGCCGGAUGUGAGUGCUGCGUGGUCUGAGUCGGUGGUGACCAAGAAGGCCAUCUUCGGGAAUCAGAUGAGGAUUGCAGUGGGAGGGCAGACGGACGGAGAGCCGCUGUACAACAAGGACGAUGACCAGGAGCCCGUGUUCUGGCAUAUGAGUUCCCCUGUGCUGCUCGAGGAGCUUCUUCGAAGCGAGUGCUGGGCUGAUGCCCUGCUGGACUGGACACCCACAGAUGUCGCAGCCAAGAAGGCCAUGGAUUUGGGCAUUCCGUACGUUGCCGUAGCCUACACGGAAACCCACAAGGAGCUGCUCAUGAAAAGAUUGGCCACGAUGGUUGCUAAGGACAUGCUGACGGAAGGCCACAGUCUCUACUGCGCGGAGGUUGCCAAGAUUCUGGAGGUGCCUGGCAUGGCCAGAAAACCCUUGCCGAAGGCAAAGGCUGCGGCUGCAACGACACCGCCGAAUCCAUCCCCGGCCGUGACUGUGGAGGAGUCAUCGACUAAUAAGAGAAAAGCAACUGCUGAGCCAGAGUCGGCAGACGGUGACAAGAAGGAUGCUACCCACGCCAAGCUCAGGGCACGGCUGCAGGAGCUGUCCGGUAAGAAGUGA